GUUACCGUACUAUACUUAUAUUUAUAUGCUAUCGUACUAUAGUUAUAAGAUAUUGUACAGUAGUUAUAGAUAUAGGUUAUAGUACUAUAGUUAUCAUUGUUAUAGGCUAUCGUACUGAAGUCCUAUUUUUAGGCUAUUGUACAAUAGUUAUAGGUUAUCGUACUAUAAUUAAUGUUAUAGGCUAUCGUUCUAUAGUUAUAGGGUAUUGUAAUAUAAUUAAUGUUAUAGGCUAUCGUUCUAUAGUUAUAGCGUAUUGUAAUAUAAUUGAUGUUAUAGGCUAUCGUUCUAUAGUUAUAGGGUAUUGUAAUAUAAUUAAUGUUAUAGGCUGUCAUUCUAAAAUUAUAAGCUGUCGUCCUGUAUAGCUGUAGGCGUAUGCCUUAUACUAUUGAAAAUCUAAUGAAAUUUAUCUUGAAUAAAUAAUUUUUUUUGAAAAAUAU